UUAAUAUGAACGAAAAGAUGAGAAUAUUAAUGAAAAAAAAAGUAAUGUAUUUAUUAUCUUCGAUUGAAAUACUUUAGGAAAUAUUCAAAAAGACGAAAUGUUUAUGGUGUCCCAGAUAUAACGAGAAUUUGGAACAGCUGAUGCUGACAGGAAAUCCGUGUACGGAUUACGAAGGAUACAGGGAAUAUGUCAUUUCAACGUUACCUCAAUUGAAAGAACUUGACAUGGUUGAAAUUUUAAGAUCAGAACGAAUAAAAGCUUUGCAAGUAUACGCUAAAGUAAAGGGAGACAUUAUCAGAGGUUAUGAGAAUUACAAAAAGAUAAGAGAUGCUCAAAUAAGACGACAUCGUGAAAAAGAAGAAAUUAAAAUUAAGGAAAUAAAGGAAGACGAAGAGGAAGAAAUGGAAAAUGAAAAAUUUUGGAAACAAACGAGUUAUCACACACCAGAAGAUCGAGUUGCGAUUGCAGAGCAUUCGUUAAAAUCGGAAAAAAAGAAACAUGAACAUUUGGAAAACGAAAAAACAAAAGCACAUAAAUUUGUGCCAAAAUUGUUCAGCCCAAGUGGCAAGCCUUACAACAUGAAUCAUCCAAAAGUACCAUUUACAUUGAACGACGAAGAUGAUCCAAAUAACGUGAUCCUAGAUGUUGGAGUUUACAGGUAAACAAAAUUUCUUUUUUGUUAUAAGUAGGACCGAUAUAGUUUAAUAUACUGCUUUAAGUAUUUCUGAAAAGUUGAAAU